AUGUGGUUGAAGCAAUACAACGACCUUUCGUUCCAGCAGGAGUUUAGCCCCGAUCUAGAGAGUAUUCGAAGGUGUGGCCUUGAGGCCAAGCAGGAAAUCAAGCUUGCAAAGGCGAAGGCCGACCACCAGGACCAAAGACUGCAGCAAAUGGAGAGGAAAGCGGCGUCUAAGGAGAGGCACAAGGUCAGACAGUUGUUCUCACGAGUAGAAGGUGACCUCCAUACAAUCAAGAAUGACCAGCUUCAGCGAGACAUUCGUCGAGCGGAAGAAAGCCGUCGCCAGCUUCUCGACUCAUUAUCAUCUUAUGACUACCUUACACCGUUCAAGAAAGCCUUUGGAUCUGGUAAAACGAUCCUCACGUAA